UGCGCGCGGGGCCGGCAGGGGAGGCUCCCGCGCCCCCACCCGGCGCGUGCACCCUCGCGCCCCUCCCGCCCGGCACCGCGGGGCCAGAGGCGCCGCAGCCUGGGCCGGCCAAGCCUCGCCGCUCCGGCUCGCGCCCCGCCGGUCUGUCGCCGAGUCGGCGUUGCGGGCUGCCCGGCUCUGCUGGGGAGGCUGUCCUGUGCGCUGUGGGAUGUUUAGCUGCAGUAUCCCUGGCCUCUGCCCACUACAGAUUUCUAUGCUAUGCCUUGUAUGACAAAAGUCCUCUCACCAAGAAUACUUCUGCCUUGACACUUGUGGACAGUCAGACCAUAAAAACACUGCUAAGGAGUGCUAAAGUGGCAAUGAAACAGCCCAACAGAAAGAGGAAGCUUAGUAUGGAUUCCAAAGAGCAUUUGAAUCAGGAUGGAUGCUUGGAGCAAGCUGAGGAAGAUAAGAAGCCCAGAGAUGGUGCCACGCCAUUGAGUCACGUCCCUUCAAUGGCUACACAGGAAGCAUGGUCGUGGGAGCAGUACUUGACAGAACAGAAGGCUAUAGCUGCACCCGUUGAACUGUUUUCCAAGGACCAAUCCUUUCCGGAGCAUGAAAAUGGUUUUCAAGUUGGAAUGAGAUUAGAAGGCAUUGACCCCCGACAUCCAUCUGUAUUCUGUGUGCUUUCUGUAGCUGAGGUGUGUGGUUACCGCCUCAGACUUCACUUUGAUGGUUAUUUAAGCUGCUAUGAUUUUUGGACCAAUGCCGGUUCCCCUGACAUUCAUCCAGUAGGGUGGUGUGAGAAGACCAAACAUGAAUUGCACAUCCCUAAGGGUUAUAGAAAAGAUAAAUUUGUUUGGAUGGAUUACUUGAAGGCCUGCAAAUUGCAAAAUGCUCCCAAGAAAUUAUUCAGAAACAGAAGUUCUAAUGGGCCAAUGCCUAAAGAAUUUCAGGUUGGAAUGAAGCUGGAGGCCGUCGACAGGAAGAACCCUUCCUUGGUGUGUGUGGCAACCAUAGCAGAUAUUGUUGAAGAUCGCUUACUAGUGCAUUUUGACAAUUGGGAUGAUAGUUACGAUUACUGGUGUGAUGUAAAUAGCCCUUAUGUUCAGCCAGUUGGUUGGUGUCAGGAGAAUGGAAGAACUCUGAUAGCACCCCAAGGUUAUCCUGAUCCAGAAAAUUUUUCCUGGACAGAGUAUCUGGAAGCUACUCAAACGAAUGCCGUUCCUGCCAAAGUUUUUAAAAUGCGGACACCCCACGGUUUUCUGCCGAGCAUGAGACUUGAAGCAGUGGACAGAAGGAACCCCAGGCUCAUUCGCGUGGCUACAGUCAUCGAUGUGGAUGACCAGCGGGUAAAGGUUCAUUUCGAUGGCUGGGACCACAAAUAUGACUACUGGAUGGAUGCAGACAGCCCUGACAUUCACCCAAUUGGGUGGUGUGAUAUAACAGGGCAUCCUCUGGAAAUCCCAUAUCGAGCAAAUGAUGUGAAAAUCCUUCCAGGGCAAGCUGUUUGUCCUACUCCAGGGUGCCGAGGAAUAGGCCAUAUCCGUGGUCCACGGUAUUCAGGACAUCACAGUGCUUUUGGCUGCCCGUAUUCAGACAUGAACCUGAAAAAGGAGGCAACUCUUCAUGAUCGUCUGAGAGAACAAACACAGGCAAAUUUGGAACCCGACUCUUCGCAUUCGAAACCAAAGAACCUCUGCGGCUUGAACUUCAAUGGAAAACAUGAAAUGGUGAACAGUCAGCCCAGACUUGUACAGCAGGCAAAGUGUUUGAAAAUCAAAGGAAAAGAAGAUAUUGACUUGGAUAAUCUCUUCAGAGGAGGGGAUAGUGGAAAGAGCUUGACGAGACAAGAAGAGAUUUGUGUUCUAGUCCCAACCCUACAGACAAGCAGGCACCAAGCUCAGCUCACGGCUGAACGACUCCUGAUUCCAUCUCAGCCACAAAGGGAGGAGGAAUCUUUUCCGAAGAAAAUGGAAGGCGGUGAAGUUACUUUGGUUUCAUUGUGCAUCUACACUUUGCUCCCUAACCAGAAGCAUUUCUGGGUAAUAUCAUCAGAUCUGAACGUUGCCUUAAAUAAAAUAAAUGACUGAUAUUUUAGAAACUGCUCCAUACAAAUGUUCUAAUCCAUCUUACAGAGCCUCCAUUCUGUAAACAACAUGUGUUUUGGAGCCGUAUAAGGAGCCCUUAAAAAGUGUCAGUGUUUUAAUUCAUAUUUUGACACUUUUGAAAAUAUCUCCACAGAGUAAUUAUGUAUAUGUUCCUGUUAAAACAGAUACACAGUCAAUUUUGUAAUUCACAUAGUAAAAGUAGUAAUGAGGAUCAUCCUUAUAAAAAUAGAAAAUAUCACUAGUAAAAUGCAUUUGCAUAAUGUGAAAGAUGAAAUCUCUUCUAACUUGUUCACUGUGUACUUAUUCUUUCCUGCAUCACUUUUAAAAGGUUUAUAAUGCUGACCAGUUAUUUUACCAGCAAAAUGAGUUUACUGAGGAAUAGCAAGGAAUUGUAAUUAGGGACAAGCCAUCUCUGGUAAAAGCAUGGGCAAAUCCAGAGAACCAAAGAGAAGAACAUUGCUUUAUAGAGAAAAAAGAGGAAGUUGCUCUGAAUGAAAGUUGUCGCAGAGAAGGGAGAGUUCAGGGUGUGAUUGUGACAUUAAACAAUUAUUUACUAUUUUGCUUUUAUUUUUUGCAAGCCUAUAAAUCUGAGCAUAAAUUCUAAGUUCUUGCGCUUAUUGUUGUUCUGGGUAUAGAUAUGAAUAAACACCUUCUUAA